AUAUGAAAUGAAAACUAUGAUGAUAAUAUUCUGAGGAUGGGGCAGACUCAUGAUGUUGUAUCUCACGUUGACUGGCAUCAUAUCUGCUACUUGUUUAUCAGUAGUUUAAUACUCUUAAACCAUGCAUCCAUUUGUUCAGCUACCAUUCAGGAAUUUUACUCAUUGGAAGAUCAGGAAGCUUACAUAAACUACUACAAGCAGCUCCCUGGACCUCUCCGUAAUUUUACAAAUGAAGGGAUGUUCAUGGUAGCAAAAUGUGCAGAGCUUACAUUAAAGGAAUAUAAUGACAGAUAUCAAGUUGCAUACCAGCUAAGGUAUAUUACAGAUGCAUGGAUAGAAGACCAGAAUGAUCUGAUAAAAUUAGUGGUCAUAGUAGAAUCAAAUAAUCUUCAAUAUUAUGAGAUGUACCUUGAGGCAAAAUCCAUAUUGACACCCAAGUUUAUCAGUACAUCAAUUGUUAAAGCAGCAUUCAUUCUCAAGAAAGAAGACAAUUCUUGUGAUAAGUUGAGCUCGAGAGCAGGAUGCACAGAGUGCACACUGUUUGAACGCUGUGCCAAAGGUCAUGUUCCUGCUCAUCCAUGGCUAGACUUUGCUCUUAAAACACAACAAGAAAUUCAAAUUGAUCAGGAGUUUCCCAAAGUACAGAUGCCAGCGGCCCAUAAUGCUUUCAAUAACAGAGCUGAUUAUUAUGGAGUUUUUGAUGACUGUCCUUGGCCCCCGCCGUAUAGUGCUGAAUGUAUAGGUUUAGCUAACCAGGAGUUUAGUCUGACUGAUAUGCUCAACAUGGGUAUCAGGUCAUUAGAGAUUGAUCCAUGGUGGUGUUUUGACGAGAUGCGAAUGAGUCAUGCUUCAGUGCAUGCCAUUGGCUGUGGGCCUACUGAUAGACUAUUUGAGUAUGGUAUGAAAGAGAUUGGACAAUGGAUUCAUAAACCAGAGAAUAAUGGAAUUGUCAUAAGGAUAUACUUUGAGGACGGUCCUGAUCACACAAAAGGCUAUGAUCAUCUGAUAAAUGGACCAAUUAAAAAGUAUUUUGGAGAUUAUGUAUUCACACCAAGUGAUCGAAUUAAAUUAGGAAGAUGGCCAACAAUGCGAGAAAUGAGAAAUUUAAAUAAGACAGUAAUUGUGACCUCAGCUAAUACAUACACUCAUGGUGGUGUCUUCAUCCAAGAUGGAUACUGGACUGAAUACAAAAGAUCUAAGUUCACACCUUACCCUACAUGUGGUAAAUCUUCAAUUGCCAAUGUUUUGAGGUACUAUUGUGAUAGUACAAACUAUGGGCCAUUCUGGAAUGGUCCAAAGGAAACUGGUGUCAUCCUAGAUUUCUCAGAGUUUAUGAAGUGUGGAAUUGAGUACCCAGCAGCUGACCAGGUAAAUCCAACCUUAUUGGAGACGGCUGUCUGGACUUGGGCUAAAGAUGAACCUAAUCAUCCGCUGACCAAACAAUCUUGUGUCUUUCUUAAUGGUACUGAUCACAGGUGGUAUCUAUCCCCUUCGUGUCAAACAAUGCUUCCACAUGCCUGUCUCAGUUCUUCUCAAUCUGAUGUUUGGGUUCUUGGUAGCAAGGCAACCUAUGACAAUUCUGCUGCAUGUCCACAGGGCUACCAUUUCAGUCUUCCACUUAACGGAUUCCACCAACAAAAGCUUAACGAGGUGUCUCUUAACCAAUCAGUAUGGCUGAAUGUGACUCCAUAUCUCCCACUAUUAUUCUGAAAUAUAUUUUGCAUUAUGCAGAAUUAUUUUCAAUACCUUCUGUACUCUCCGCAAUCUGUAAUAUAAGAAGAUAAAUGACUAUUCAAAAUCAGAUAAAGUAUUAGAACAUGUUGUAAUGUGCAAAUAAUUUAUUUCAUAAUUCUUGAAGAUCUGUCACUCUGAAGAAGUAAAGAUAUGUACAUGUAUUAUACAAAAUUUCUAUCAACUUAUACUACAUUCUAAGAAUAUUUUUUAUAGUCUUCCAAUGUAUCAACAUAAUUUAUUUUUGUAUUAACUUUUUUUAUACUGAAUAUUAAAUCAUGCAUGAAAGUGGUACUCUACUUCAUUAUCAUUGAUAUAAAAGUAUUACUGAUUGUAUAUAUAUAUAUAUAUAUAUAAAACCGAGAUUUAUCG